AUGGAGAGAACCAGGACAGUGUUCUUCUCUGGUGAAAACCCAAUAAAAUCAAAAACUGUGCUGGAGCUGCUGGCUUUGGUGCUAAGCGAGCGUGAGAGUGAGGAGCGCUGGCGGCGCUGGUCGCGCCAGGUGGUGGAUGCGGUACUGCCGCUCCUCGCCAGUGGCCGCAUCCGGCUCGAGUCCCGUGAGGCACAGCAGGCGCUCAACCGCGUCCUGGGAGCUGCCGCACCCAGUGUGCUGCGCCCCGCCGACCCCCUCCUGCGCUCUCUUUUUGCACCGUUCCCGAACCCGAACGGCUCCCUGGUAGCAGUGCAGCGGUGGCUGGGUGGGGUGUUGGCACUGGUGUUGCUGCUGCUGUCCCACGGCAAGGAAGAUGCUGUCCUGGCCCGGCUGGAGGAACUGCAGCUGGCACCCCCUCCGUCAUCGCCUUGUGAUCCCUUGAAUGCUGCUGCUACAACUGCAUCUUGUGGGAUGGAUCCAGACCAGGCUGUUGCCAGGUUCCUACUCAGAGUUAUUAGUGUGGUUGGCAAACGGAUUCAUAAAGAAGCCUUCAAUCCAGCAGCUGACCCUGCCUGGGAUUACCUACAGGAGCAGUUUGCUCACUUCCUGCUGUACUGUAUAUACAUGUUCGAAUCAGGUAGCUACUGUAAGGUUGCCACAGCAGCUAUGGAGAUGGUGCAAGUGAGUCCAACUGAUAGCCUGGUCGGGAACAUGAAUAAGAUAUUUUUGGAACUCGCGGCUCGCUGUCCGUUAUUAACAUUCUUGUGGUGCUACCUUUUAAUUCUUCUGGGUUACUGUGAUCGCAGUUUCUGGGCCAGCAUUCUUCGUACAAAGCCAGUUCCUUUACUGAUGGAUGAAGGGCCCGUUGAAACUGAAAGCUGUGGCCCAUCCUCUUGUGUUAACUUGGAAGUAGUGAGGAAGGGUGGUACUAUCCUGUACUGUGACUUUGUGUGUGAGAACCUGAGUGAUGCCGAGCAGUUGACCUGGUUGUUGGUGAACCAUAUGGAGCAUGUUAUCCAGCUGUCGACGGAGCCACCAGUGCAGGAGCUGAUAGCAGCCGUCCACCGCCACAGCACGGCCAGCGGGCUGCUUGUACACGCGGUUGGAUCCCGUUGUCAAGAUAUGCGACAGCCAAGCCAAGUGUCACGGCUCUUGCACUGCCUGGAGGGAGUGCACCCUUCACAGAGUGGUCCGCUACUGCAGCUGCUGGUGACGAAGCUGCUGUCCCUGCCACAGCUCGCACUGGCGAGGCAGGCUGCGUCACUGGCUGCCCGCCGUGCCGAAGUGCUGCUGGCUCUGGGCCGGGAGCAGGCACAAGCACAGCUGGCGGCAGAGGAGCUGCAGGCGCUGCUGGCAGAGCUGCAGCACCAUCGCAGGCAUAGUGGUCUCAUAAGUGUGUUAAACAAGUUGGCUUCUGAGUGCUACAAUUUACAGUCAUCUGAAUUUGAUUCUGGAACAAACAUUGUCCCAUCAAGUAUUCGUAGCAUUGUUGUUGACAAGAACUGGUUUCUGGCUCAAGUUAAAAACAGAUGCUCCCAGGGCUGUUUGUCUGGACGUGACUCAGCCCGCCUUCUUAGCAAGCUCCAGUAUGAGGACGUACUGCUGGUGCUGAGCUGCAAAGAAGUCAGUCCAAAAAUUUUGCAGCACUGCAUACGGUUGGGUACACAGCUGACUCUCCAGGCUUACCAAGAUGCUGGAGUUCCCCAGGCAAGUUACAGUGAUCCAGCAACCUGCAUAGAACUUCAGGAGAAAAUGCAGGAGUUGGAAAGCCCCUUAUAUGCUGCCUCUCGAGCUGUGUUGUUGCAGCAUGUUGCCCAUAUCAAGAGCCUUCUGCCUCGCCCGCACCAGCCUGUUUGA